AUUGGAUGUCUUUGCUGAUGGACCGGGGGAGGAUGAAUAUAUGCCUGCAGCCGGAGCUUCCGCUUGGGGUUCUCUCGGAACUCUCGAAGCGCGUAAGAAGGAGAACGGCGUCAAAUCAACUACCUGGGCUGGACAGACACUGAAGUCAAGCACUGCUGUCCCUACAUCUUCGCUUGCGGGCGCUAUCUACACUGAUGAGGUUGAGGAUGACGCGUUCAUGAAGAGUCUGCCUGCGUACAAGCCCUUCUAUUCUGUGGCCAAUGGCAAGCAGAUGAAAGUCCAGGUACAUUAUUGUGCGAUCUACGCGGAUGGUGAGGAAGAAGAGGAAUAUUCCUUUGCAGAGGUGAGGGCGAAGAGUCGCGGCCUUAAUGCGAAGCAGCUCGUUAAAAGGGCUAAUGAGGAAGAAUCUGGCGGCGGAAAGGCAGCGGAGGAAGCUAGACGCGCCGCAGAAGAGAAAGUACGACAGGAGGAAGAGUUGAGACGGAGGGCGCAAGAGGAAGCCGCUAAAAAGGCUGAGGAAGAGAGAAGAAAGAAGGAAGGGGAGGCGAGGCUGGCCGCUGAGCAACAGGCACGAGAAGAAGCUGCUAGACUCGCCGCUGAGGGGAAAGCUCGUCAGGAAGAAGCUGCCCGCAUUGCCGCUGAAGAGCAGAGGAAGCGAGAGGAGGAGGCCGCUGCAGAGCUGGAGCUUACUCCGAAGGCUGCUCCGCGAGAGUUUUCCAUUGCCAUCGCUCAAACACCCCUGAAGGAUGAGGAUGCGCCACGACGAAAGGUGAUCAAAUGUGCAUCCCCGACGAUCAAUACUAAGGCUGCCAUGGACGAUGUACUUGACCUCUUCAACGCGCCGUUGCGCUGUGAGAGGGAAGAAUCGGACGAUAGCGAAGAGGACAGCGACGAGGACGAGGAUGAGGACAUGGGAGACACACCUGCUGCGGAGAUCAUGUCUGAGGUUGUGCUUGCGGGUGAAGAUGGUGACAGCGAGUCUGACUCUGACGAAGAUGUGGAAGGUGACGAGAGGGAAGAGGAUGACCUCGUGACACCGAUGAAGAAGUUGGACAUAUUUGUCGAUCCCACCGUCACUUUACAGCAACAACCCGCACCGGAACUACCUCCACCCGCACCGCCUGUCUUCCAAGACGAAAAUGAGAACGCACAAUUGCCUCCGCCGAAGAUGGCCGUUCCGGCUACUCCUCAGCAGCAGGCACCCAUGCCGACGCAACCAAGGGGAUUCAGUGGUGUCCCGUUCAACCUCAUGACACCCAUCGUCGAGACGCCUCGGGAAUUCGCCCAGAGCACAGUCAGACGCGCUCCUCUCGCUCCCGUUGUGCCGCAAACUCCACUCGCCGCUUACUCUCAAGAGGAUGAGCCUAUGUCAUCGCCGAUGGUCGAGCUGCCACCACCGAGGCGUGCUCCGUUAGCCGCGAAGAAACCCGUGUUGGGAGUGAAGAAGGAUGCGCCAGUGGUUGAGGAAGGACCGAUCGUGAAGGAGACGGUCUGCAACCCUAUGGACGAAGGUAUUCGUCAGCAGAUCUAUGGUGGGUUGAAGUACGGUCCUGAGACCUUCCAGGGGUACCACGGUGAGAUGGCUGCACAUGAAGCAGGAAAGACUGAUACUAUCGGACGCGCCCUUAAGGCCGGAAAGCCAUGUUCAGUCGAAUUGGCCGGUACGGUCUGGCACGUGAAGAAGAAGCUUGGCGAAGGUGCUUUUGCGCCCGUCUAUUUGGUUGAGUCAGAUGCGGGGGAGUUGAUCGCCAUGAAGGUUGAGCGACCUCCCAGUCCCUGGGAAUUCUACAUCUUCCGCGCCGCAUCUCGCCGUCUUGGUGUUUCCCGCGCCAACGAAUCCAUCGUCCAUGCAAAAGAAUUCCAUGCCUUCGCCGAUGAAGGAUACUUGUUGCUCGAAUACCAUAAUCAAGGCACCAUGUUGGAUUUGGUUAAUCUGUUCAGAGGUGGCGAGGGCGGUGCGAUGGACGAGAUCCUCGCAAUGUUCUUCACAGUAGAACUAUUGCGCGCCGUCGAAGGCCUCCACGCAAAAGGAGUCAUCCACGGCGACCUCAAACCCGACAACUGUCUCCUCCGUCUCGAGUCUGGCGAGAUCACUUCCCCAGCCUACCGCCGCGACGGCUCUCGCGGCUGGAAUUUGAAGGGUGUUACGCUCAUUGAUUUCGGUCGUGGGAUUGAUAUGAAGGUCUUUGGGGAGGGAGUACAGUUUAUUGCGGAUUGGGAGACUGAUGCGAUGGAUUGUGCGGAGAUGAGGGAGGCGCGGCCAUGGACUUAUCAGGUUGAUUACCACGGGGUUGCAGCAAUCGCACACUCACUCCUGUUCGGGUCUUACAUCGAGACUAUGGCGGAAUCCGUGGGCAUCGGACGGAAACACUACCGUAUCACCAAAUCCUACAAACGAUACCAGCAACAGGAGUUGUGGAGUCGCCUUUUUGAGGUAUUACUUAACCCUGUGCAAGUCGCGACCGAAGCUGGACGAGGCACUGCGUUGCCGAUUUUGGAGGAGGUCAGAGGGGUUAGGGAGGGGAUGGAGGGUUGGUUGGAGCAGAACUGCGAGAAGGGAGUUGGGCUGAGAGGGUUGUUGAAGAAAAUUGAGGGACAAGUUGCUGCAGGACGAAAACGCUGAUAGCGUGGAUGCAGAGUUUGAUGAUUUGGUA